UUUCUUACGUCUUCGCAAACAUUUGUGUUAUGCCAUCGCCGUUAACGUUACAAUUAAUAAUCGAGUAUACUAAAUGGAGAUCGUGGGAUCAGAUAGUACUUUUUGAUAACCUCAGUCCCAAGAAUUGCGUCAUGAGAUAUGCUCGACCUUUAAUGGCAUGCCUUGCUGAAAGUGGAAUAAGCGUGUCCAUUCAAUCAGCAACAAAUCCAAAUAUACCGGUAGCACUUACCAUAAGACGACAUCGAAUUGGUUCUAUAGUACUUUUGGAUGGAUUCAACUUUACUUCCCCGAAUAACGUAUUACAAAUGGCAUCGCAAAAAUUAUUAUUCAACUAUUACGUUUCUUGGUUCAUGAUUACGGCUAGAAACACAGAUACCACCAUCGAUGGUGUUUUGAAGGAUCUCAAUAUAGGUAUCGACAGUGAUGUCGUAGUUGCAACUUCUUUACAUUCACAGGAUGUUAUGAGGGAAUUGACAUUGAAGUAUCGAAACAGAACCUGUUCGAGUCUUCGACGUUAUGGUCAACCAGUCAAUUUUCAGAAUUUAACAGAACGACAAAAUCCCGAUAGAAUGAUGAACCUGGAUUACAUUACUCGAGAAAAUCGAACGAUGUGUUAUCAUUUUUUACACGUUUACAAAAUUCGUAACAACGACAAUUCAAGUCUCGUUGUUUAUUCCCUUGGCUCUUGGUGUCCGGGUAUAGUUUUAUUAAAAAAUCCAAUGAGCGUUAAAUUGAGAAAGGAUUUCAAAGGUUGGCCAAUAAUAUUUGGCGUAUUAAAUGGUACCAAUGAUGGUCAAACGGACAUUACCAACGAGUUUGAGGUCAAUGAUAUAGCACCUCUUCUUGAUUUUGCUAAUUCUAACGUUAACGACAGUAAUCUUCGUCAACUAUACAUAAAAGCAUUCAACAGUCGUGAAUCUCGUUUGGGUGCGACAACUGGUCUUAUGAAAGCCUCACAGGAACGUUAUGGAUUUUUUGUUAGCGCAACUUUAGCACGUCGUGCUUUGCGUACAACAUUUAUUCAAGAAAGAUGUACGCUUAAGGAACUUCCUUUACCUCAGACGUUUACCCUUGUCGCUUUACCAAUGGCCAAUACUUGUCCUUAUAAAAAAAUAAUCAAUUUGAGUAUUCUACGUAUACAAGAACACGGUGUACUUCGUAGAAUAGCUGAAAGAAUGUUACCGGAAAUGCCAACGUGCAAAGCACCGACUACUUUUAACAGUGCAAGACUUGCCGAUGUAUACUCAGCUUUUUUAAUAUUAAUUGUUGGAUUAAUAACAGCUGUUUCAAUUGGUAUAUUCGAAAGAAUUUGGAAUAAGAGGAAACAAAUGCAAGAGAGCAUUGUUCGCGGAUUUCGUCACCAUCAUAAUGACCAUUCCUAUCAACCCUAUACUAUUAACGAUCAUUCGAAUAAACCAGUCAUCGCGGCUUCUUACCUAAUCGAUUAUUCUAAUUUAGCGCAAAAAAAUAGCGAUAAUGUUACAACAAUAAGGAAGAAAUCUAACGAAACAUCAUCAACAAUUGUAAAGGGUCGUUCAUCUGCAACACGUUCAUCAUCCGUACGUAAACGAUCUGCCAAUGGCAUGUCAAAAAAGGUUUCUUGGGUAUCGUUUAUUGGUAUAUCUCAAAAAAAAUCUAUAAUACCGAUCGAUAAACUUAAGGUAUCAACUGAUAAUACUAUUAAAACAAAAAACACCGAGGAAACGGACGAAACAAAAUUGGACGUUCUACCUUUCCGACUGUGA